UCUUCAAAGAUAAAAUAAGAUAUUAUCAGUCUCUUCUAUCUCUCUGUAUUCAGUUUUCUUAACACGUUAUCAGCAUGAUCGUUUCUAUCAGAAGAAGUUUCCAGUACACUAGAUAUAAUCAUGUCAAAUCUUAAGCAUCAAUUCAAAAUUCUAAGCAUAACUGGGGACAACUUCAUAACCUCCAACAACAAUUUAAUAGAGUACCUUACAUGUGGGGGACUUAACAAAAUCCUUGAAGGAGAGAAUUCUGAAAAAUCGACAGACGACCCAGAUGAAAUGGAAAAGAGAAAGUCAAAAGUAAACAGAAUAAUCAAGCAUCAUCUUGAUGAUGGAUUGCAAACAGAAUAUUCAAAUGCUAAAGAUCCCAAUAUUUUAUGGGACAAAAUUAAAGCAAGAUUUGGACAUCAGAAGAAACUCAUGUUACCCUCAUUAAUGGAUCAAUGGAACAAGUUAAGGUUCCAAGAUUAUAAAACUGUCAUUGCAUAUAAUUCUGAUAUGCACCAGAUUAUAUCAUAGCUAGAAUUCUGAUUGCAUAAAAUGAGGGAAUACACUGAGUAUUCUCAUUUAGUUGCAGCCCUUCUAGUGGCAGAACAAAAUGACGAGCUCCUUAUAAAAAACCACCAGGCACGACCCACGGGAACAAUGUCAUAUCCUGAAACUAAUGCCAUGAUCUUUAAUCGUAGGCGUGGUGGCUUUAAUCAUCUCAAGAGACGUGGUGGUCAUGUUCAUUUUGAUGGUAAUAAUGGUUAUGCUUGUUUUGAUAGUCACAAUCAAGGAGGAUAUCAUGGUCGAAACCUUUUCCACGGUCGAAACCAUUUUCAUGGUAGAGAACGUGGAAGAGGUCAUGUGAAUAGUUAUAGAUCCCUCAGAUAUGACCAAAAUAAUUGGAAUCGCAAAGAAAAGGGUAAGUAUAUCCAAGAAGGUCCCUCAAGGAAUUAUGAGGAUAUAUGCUACAGAUGCGGAAAGACAGGCCACUGGUCUAAGGUGUGUAGAACACUAGAACAUUUGUGUAAAAGACAAAUGGCAUAUGUUGAAGAAAAGGGAAAAGAAGUGAAUUAUAAUGAGAUUGAACCCAUAAAUGAUAAUACCUAUUUUGAAACUGCUGAUUUUGUUGGAGGUGAAACAGAUUAAGUAACUAUUUAAAAUAUGUAUUUGAAUAAUGUUUGGUGUGCUUGUUUUUAUAUUUGAAAUAUGUAUCUACUUAACAAUUUGUAUUUUGUUAAGGUGUAUCUUAAGUUUGUAUGAAAUAAUAAUGUUAAAUAUGUUGUUAAUUUACUGUAUUUAAUCUUAUUUUUCUUUUCAAGAAGGCUAGACAUGGAACAUGUCAAAGACAUUUGCAUUCCGGACAGUGGAACUACACACACAAUCCUCAAAAGUAAGAAAUAUUUUACUGAAAUAAAUCCCACUAAAGGUUUAAUAAAUACAAUCUCAGGUCCUGCAGAUUUAAUUGAAGGAACGGGUAAUGCUAUGUUCGUAUUACCA